AUGACUCUUGGCAACAAGAUUAUCUUCGAUGUGGAUUUUUGUCUGUUUGAUCUAGACGGAACAAUAAUAGAGACCACUGAGGCAGUGGAGAAAGCUUGGACAGCGUUGUGUCUUAAACAUGGGGUAGAUCCUGUCGAGUUAUUCAAACACUCUCAUGGAACCAGAACAGAAGAAGUAAUCCAGCGGUUUUUCCCGAAAUUGAAUGGACAGCUCGACGCUACUGUCGAGCAAAUGGAACUUUCAAUCGGUCGUGAUUACCCAGAGUCAGUCUCUUUGAUCCCGGGCGCAUCGAAUUUGCUGAAUCGUUUGGACAAACCUACGGAAGGCAAAUUUGAAGACCGGAACUGGGCAAUUGUUACAUCAGGAGCCUACAUAGCACGCACUUGGUUUGAAAAUAUUCUUAAAGAAAUUGGUCCACCUAAGGUGUUUAUCACAGGAUUUGACGUAACAAAAGGUAAGCCUGAUCCACAGGGCUAUGCUAUGGCUUCGGAGCGACUCAGCAAAAUUUGGAAUAAGGAUCCGAAAGUAGUUCGAAAUGUCGUCUUCGAGGACGCUCCUGUUGGAAUUCAGGCGGGAAAACGAAUUGGGGCUAUCACAGUCGGAAUUACGUCGUCUUAUUCCAAAGAAACGCUUUUUGCAGCGGGCGCGGACUAUGUAGUACCAGACUUGACAGGGAUUAACGUCAUUCAAAACACUCCUCGCAGCAUAAAAUUGGAAAUCUCAAACCCACUGUCGAAAUAA